AUUCCGAAACCCUCCCCUACUAAAACCCUAAUAAACCCUCCCCCUCCCAUCCAUCUCUCACCGCCGCCGCCCUUCCCGCGCCGCCGAAACCCUCCUCCCUCUUUCCCACCCACCUCUCUCCGAGAAGAACACCACACGCACCAUGCGGCCACCGAGAGGGCGCGGCGGCGGCGGUCGCUUUGGCGGCGGAGGCGGCAGGGGCGGUGGCGGAGGCCGGUUCGGAGGCGGCGGCCGCGGUGGACGCUUUGGCGGCGGCGGGUUCCGUGACGAGGGUCCCCCCGCCGAGGUCGUCGAGGUGUCGACGUUCGUUCACGCGUGCGAGGGGGACGCGGUGACGAAGCUGACGAACGAGAAGGUGCCCUACUUCAACGCGCCCAUCUACCUCCAGAACAAGACCCAGAUCGGCAAGGUUGACGAGAUCUUCGGCCCCAUCAACGAAUCCUAUUUCUCUGUCAAGAUGAUGGAAGGGAUAAUUGCGACGGCGUACAAGGAAGGUGAAAAGUUCUACAUCGACCCUAUGAAACUGCUGCCGCUCUCACGCUUCCUGUCACAGCCAAAGGGACAAUCUCAAGGAGCACCAAGAGGUGGUGGCCGUGGUGGAAGAGGUGGUCGGGGUGGUGGUGGCCGCGGUUCAUUCCGAGGUGGAAGAGGCCCACCAAGGGGUCGCGGUGGACCUCCUAGGGGUGGAGGUCGUGGUUUUAGAGGGCGAGGCAGAUUCUAGGUGUAGUUUGAGUUUGGUGUUUGCUGCAACAUCAUCCUACAUUCCCUGGAAACUUUUGUAUUCGUGUAACCUGAUGUUAAGUUAGCAGAGCACUUGCAAACUUUUUCUGUGUGGAUCUUGGAUUCUCUAUUGAAACAGGUUUUGUACCUGUUCUUACAACUUAAUGUGCUUACAGUUAAUCCUUGCUCUGAAUUCAACUUAUCCUGAUCAUGGGCA